AAAAGAGGAGCGGCACCAUCGCCAGCCAUCCCCACCACUACCACCCACCAUCACCACCAUCAGCCGAUGUCCGCAACGAAUCGACGAUUAGCACCCCGAUCAUGGAAGUGGUCUUCUUCAUUUGUAGUUGAUUACCGGUGGUGGGUCUUCGGGCUUGUUGCCGUCGUUGAACAAGAAGAGCUGUGGGUCUUCGCGGUCGUUGAAGAAGAAGAAGAAGAGGGGUGGGUCGCCACCGCAAAAACCCCAAGUUCCACCGUCCAAUAAAUUGAUGAGAGAGAAAGUAAAAGCAGAGGCACAAACAGACCCAUUCGGCGAGUAAUGGUGAGGAGCCAAUGAAGCUGAAGCUAUAUUCUUCCUGGGGGAGCUCUUGCUCUUGCCGUGUUCGUAUCGCUCUCAACUUCAAAGAUCUCAAAUAUGAGUACAAAGCAGUUGAUUUCAUGAAAGGAGAACAUUUAAGUCCUGAAUAUUUAAAGCUCAAUCCUAUUAGUUUUGUACCGGUGCUGGUAGAUGAAGACAUUAUAGUUGCUGACUCUCUUGCAAUAAUAUUGUAUCUGGAAGAGAAGUAUCCACAACAUCCAUUGUUGCCUCAUGACAUUCAGAAAAGAGCAAUCAAUUACCAGGCUGCUAAUAUUGUUUCCUCAAGCAUACAGCCUUUUCAGAAUCUAGUCGGACAGAGGCAGAAUUAUAUAGCGGAAAUACUUAAUGUUGAUGAGAGACGUGCUUGGGCUAUAAAUCAUAUUGAAAGAGGUUUUGCAGCUCUUGAGAAGCUUUUAAAAGACUAUACUGGAAAAUAUGCAACUGGAGAUGAAGUUAACCUGGCAGAUUUAUAUCUAGCACCUCAGAUUCACGCAGCAACCAAAAGGUUCAACAUCAAUAUGACUCAGUUCCCUCUUCUAUCUAGGUUGAAUGAGGCAUACAAUGAGCUUCCUGCCUUCCAAGAUGCAAUGCCCGAAAAGCAGCCUGAUACACCAGUUCAGGCAUUGGGUUGAGAUUUCCCUAUCUCAAAAUUGCUGCAUGGGAUCCUGUUUGAUUUACCUUCGAGGUAAAGCCUGCAAGGUAGAUCUUGUGCAAAGACACUACGGCGAGGGUUAUGAUACAUCAUCAAACUUUGUCGUCAAAUAAGAAUAAAUGAUUAACUAAAGAUGAAGUAGUGAUUAUAAAUGUUGGAAAAUCUGUCCAAGUUUUCCAUAUGGUAAACUUGAUCAUUUUCUGUAAACUGAUAUAUCGUCGGUAUUUCUUUUUCCGUCUUGUACCACCAUCAGGAUUGCUGAUGAAGAAACUGUCUCUCUUGUAAAAUCCUUAUGGAGCUAAAGUUGCAUACAUUUAUACAAAUGAUCUAAAUCUUGGCCA